CACUUCCAUGUAUUCCUCACUGACACGCCUUGCGUCUCCGGCCAGCACUUCUUCGCGCGAUGUAGGUCUUGCAGCUGCAUCUCUCUUACCACCGCUACCGCUAUACCGCCGCUUGCUUCGCGCACACCGAAGCCUCCCGAACCUCGAGAUGCGGACCCUGGGAGAUACAUACGUCAAGGACGAAUUCCGGCGGCACAGAUCAAUCGAGAAUCCGCUUCAAAUAGUUGGCUUCUUGACCCAAUGGAAGCUCUACCUUGAUGGGAUCGAGAAAGAUGGACAAGGAUACAAAGGCAGAAAGAUCGAUACGGCACAAUUCGAAAAGUUGUCCGAGGAGCAGCUCUACCAGCUCCACGAGCUCAUGACAGUUACUAGAACGCUCUUUGAUCCGGCAAAGGCCGAGUCUCAACCGCCAGGCGGCCAGAAGGCUGUGCAGGAAGCUGUCGACGAUGCACUACAGAAAAUUGUAGAAGAUAGAAAGGCGAGAAGUGGGAAGGGAGAGUGAAUCCCGGACUGAAUGAAUGUAAGACUAGC